UAUAUGUUCAAGUUUAUUGUAACAGGAAGAGAUGGAUUUAUGUGCUGAUCGUGUUGAAGAAGUACAAAAUGUCCUUAAUGCUAUGCAGAAAAUCUUAGAGUGUCCAAUCUGCACUAUUCCCAUAUGUUCUUGUUUAUUUCUCAAUCAACUGCCUACCACAACUAGAAUUCUGGAGUUGAUCAAAGAGCCUGUUUCCACAAAAUGUGACCACAUAUUUUGCAAGUUUUGUAUGCUGAAACUUCUCAACCAGAAGAAAGGGCCUUCACAGUGUCCUUUGUGCAAAAAUGAUAUAACCAAAAGAAGCCUACAAGAAAGUACAAGAUUUAGUCAGCUUGUUGAAGAGCUGCUGAAAAUUAUUCAUGCUUUUGAGCUUGACACAGGAUUACAGUUUGCAAACAGUUAUAACUUUUCAAAAAAGGGAAAUAAUUCUCCUGAGCAUCUAAAGGAAGAAGUUUCUGUCAUCCAAAGUUUGGGCUUCCGAAACCGUGCCGUAAGACUUCGACAGAGUGAAUCUGAAAAUCCUACCUUGCAGGAAACCAGUCUUAGCGUCCAACUCUCUAACCUUGGAAUUGUGAGAUCACUGAAGACAAAGCAGCAGGUACAAUCUCAACAUAAGUCUGUCUACAUUGAAUUGGGAUCUGAUUCUUCUGAAGAUACGGUUAAUAAGGCAAGUUAUUACAGUGUGGAAGAUCAUGACUUGUUACAAAUCACUCCUCAAGGAACCACGGCUGAAGCCAGUUUGAAUCCUGUAAAAAAGGCUGCGUGUGAGUUUUCUGAGGGCAUAACAAAUAUUGAACAUCAUCAAUCCAGUAGUAAAGAUUUGACCACCACUGAGAAGCAUGCAACUGAGAAGCAUACAGAAAAGGAUCAGGGUAUUUCUGUUUCAAACUUGCAUGUGGAGCCAUGUGGCACCAAUACUCAUGCCAGCUCAUUACAGCAUGAGAACAGCAGUUCACUACUUACUAAAGACAGAAUGAAUGUAGAAAAGGCUGAAUUCUGUAAUAAAAGCAAGCAGCCUGGCUUAGCAAGGAGCCAGCAGAGCAGAUGGGCUGAAAGUAAAGAAACAUGUAAUGAUAGACAAAUUCCCAACACAGACAAAAAGGUAGUUCUGAAUGCUGAUCCUCUGAAUGGGAGAAAAGAACCUCCAGGCUCUGACCAUCCUAGAGAUUCCCAAGAUGUUGCUUGGAUAACACGGAGUAGUAGCAUACAGAAAGUUAAUGAGUGGUUUUCCAGACGUGAUGAAAUACUAACUACUGGUGGCUCACGUAAUGAUAGGUCUGAAUCAAAUGUUGUAGUAGCUGGUGCAGUAGAAGUUCCAAAUGAAGUAGAUGGAUAUUCUGGUUCUCCAGAGAAAAUAGCCUCAAUGGCCCGUGAUCCUCAUUAUGCUUUAAUAUGUGAAAGAGUCUGCUCCAAACCACCAGAAAGUAGUAUUGAAGAUAAAAUAUUUGGGAAAACCUAUCGGAGGAAGGCAAGCUUCCCUAAUUUGAGCCACAUAAGUGAAAAUCUAAUUAUAGGAGCAUCUGCUGUAGAACCCCAGGUAACAAAAGAAUGUCCCCUCACAAAUAAACUAAAACGUAAAAGGAGAACAUCAAGCCUUCAUCCUGAGGAUUUUAUCAAGAAAGUAGAUUUGGCAGUUGUUCAAAAGACUCCUGAAAAGGUAAUUGAGGGAACUGACCAAAUAGAACAGAAUGGUCAUGUGAUGGCUAUUACUAAUAAUGGUCAUGAGAAUAAAACAAAAGAUGAUUAUGUUCAGAAAGAGAAAAAUGCUAACCCAACAGAAUCAUUGGAAAAAGAAUCUGCUUUCGCAACUAAAGCUGAGCCUAUAAGCAGCAGCAUAAGCAAUAUGGAACUAGAAUUGAAUAUCCACAGUUCUAAAGCACCUAAGAAAAAUAGGCUGAAGAGGAAGUCUUCUACCAGGCACAUUUAUGCACUUGAACUAGUAGUCAAUAGGAAUCCAAGCCCACCUAAUCAUACGGAACUACAGAUUGAUAGUUGUUCUAGCAGUGAAGAGGUGAAGGAAAAAAAUUCUGACCAAAUACCAGUCAGACAUAGCAAAAAGUUUCAACUCACGGAAGGUAAAGAACCUGCAACUGGAGCCAAGAAGAGUAACAAAUCAAAUGAACAAAUAAAUAAAAAACUUGCCAGUGAUGCUUUUCCAGAACUAAACUUAACAAACAUACCUGGUUUUUUAACUAAUGGUUCAAGUUCUAAUAAACUUCAAGAGUUUGUCAAUCCUAACCUUCAAAGAGAAGAAACAGAAGACAACCUAGGAACAAUUCACAUGUCUAAUAGUACCAAAGACCUCAAAGACCUGAUAUUAAGUGGAGGAAGAAGUUUGCAAACUGAUAGAUCUAUGGAGAGUGCCAAUAUUUUAUUGGUACCUGAAACUGAUUAUAGCACGCAGGACAGUAUCUCAUUACUGGAACCUGACACCCCAGGGAAGGCAAAAACAGCUCCAAAUCAACAUGCGGGUCUGUGUGCAGAAAUUAAAAACCCCAAGGAACUUAUGCAUGGUUGUUCUAAAGAUACUAGAAAUGACAGAGAAGACUUUAAGGAUCUGUUGAGACCUGAAGUUAACCACACUCAGGAGACAAGCAUAGAAAUGGAAGAGAGUGAACUUGAUACGCAGUAUUUACAGAAUACAUUCAAGGUUUCAAAACGUCAGUCAUUUGCUCUGUUUUCAAAUCCAGAAAAGGAAUAUGCAACAGUCUAUGCCCACUCCAGGUCCUUAAGGAAACAAAGUCCAAAAGUCACUCUUGAAUGUGGACAAAAAGAAAAUCAGGGAGAGAAAGAAUCUGAAAUCGAGUAUGUACGGACAGUUUACACAACAGCAGGCUUUCCUAUGGUUUGUGAGAAAGACGAAAAGCCAGAAGAAUAUGCCAAAUGUAGCAUGAAAGGAACCUCUAGCCUUUGUCAGUCACCUCAGUUAAGAGGCAACGAAACUGAUCUCACUAUUGGAAAUAAACCCAGAAUUUCACGAAACCCAUAUCAUAUGCCAUACAUUUCUCCCUUUGUUAAAACUGUAAGUAAGAAAAACCUGUCAGAGGGAAAGUUUGAGGAACAUUCAGUGUCACCUGAAAAAGCAAUGAGAAAUGAGAACAUUCAAAGUACAGUGAGCCCAAUUAGCCUAAAUAACAGAGAGAGCACUUUUAAAGAAGGCAGCUCAAGCAGUACUAAUGAAGUAGGCUCUAGUAUCAAUGAAGUAGGUUCCAGUGGUGAAAACAUUCAAGCAGAACUGGCUAGAAACAGAGGAUCAAAAUUAAAUACUAUGCUCAGAUCAGGUCUCAUGCAACCCGAAGUCUAUAAACCUAGCCUUUCCUUAAGUGAUUGUGAACAUCCUGAAAUAAAAAGACAAGGAGAAAAUGAAGGAGUAGUUCAGGCUGUUAAUGCAGAUUUCUCUCCAUGUCAAAUUUCAGAUAAUUUAGAACAAUCUAUGGGAAAUAGUCCUGCUUCUCAGGUUUAUUCUGAGACACCAGAUGACCUGUUAAAUGAUGAUGAAAUAAAGGAGAAUAGCAGCUUUGCUGGAAGUGGCAUUAAGGAAAGAUCUGCUAUUUUUAGCAAAAGUGUCCAGAAAGAAGAAUUCAGAAGGAGCCCUAGCCCCCUUGUCCAUACACAUUUGACUCAUACUCGCCAAAGAGGGGCCAGGAAAUUAGAGUCCUCAGAAGAGGACAUGUCUAGUGAGGAUGAAGAGCUUCCUUGCUUCCAACAUUUAUUAUUUGGUAAAGUAAGCAGUAUGCCUUCUCCAUCUACCAGACAUAAUGCUGUUGCCACAGAGAGUCUGUCUAAGAAAACAGAGGAGAACCUAGUAUCAUUAAAGAGUAGCUUAAAUAACUGCAGUAACCAGGUAAUGUCAGCAAAGGCAUCCCAGGAACAUCACCUUAGUGAAGACACAAGAUGUUCUGGUAGCUUAUUUUCCUCACAGUGCAGUGCAUCCGAAGACUUGACCGCUAAUACAAACACCCAGGAUCCUUUCUUCAUAUUUGAUUCUCCUUCCCAAGAAGGGAGGCACCAGUCUAAAAACCAGGAAGUUCUGAGUGACAAGGAAUUGGUUUCAGACGAUGACGAAAGGGAAACUGGCCUGGAAGAGGAUAAUCAAGAAGAACAGAGUGCGGAUUCAAACUUAGAUGAAGCAGCAUUUGAGUAUGAGAGUGAAACAAACCUCUCUGAAGACUGUUCAGGACUGUCCUCUCAGAGUGAUAUUUUAACCACUCAGCAGAGGGAUACCAUGCAAGAUAACCUGAUAAAGAUCAAGCAGGAAAUGGACCAAUUGGAAGCUGUGUUAGAGCAGCAGGGAAGCCAGCCUUCUAACAAAUCCCCUUCCCUCAUAGCUGAUUCUUGUGCUUCAGAGGACGUACUAAAUCCAGAACAGAACACAUCAGAAAAAGUAAUAACUUCAGAGAAAAGUAGUGAAUAUCCUAUAAGCCAGAAUCCAGAAAACCUUUCUGUGGACAAGUUUCAAGAGUCUCUGGGUAGUUCCAUCAGUAAAAGUAAAGAACAAGAAGAGGAAAGGUCUUCUGAAUCCCAGUUGUUAGAUCACAGGUGGUAUGUAUACCACCACUCACAGAGUCUUCGGAACAGAAACUGCCCAUCUCAAAAAGAGUUCACUAAGGGUGUUGUUGAAGAGGUGCCACAACUAACCAAGUCUGAGGCCCAAGAUUUAGUGGAGCAAUCUUAUUUGCCAAGACAAGAUUUAGAGGGAACCCCUUACCUAGAAUCUGGAAUCAGCCUCUUCUCUGAUGACCCAGAGUCUGAAGACAGAGCUUCAGAGCCAAUUCAUGUUUAUAGCAUACCAACUUCAGCCUCUGCAUUGAAAUUACCCCAAUGUCAAGUUGAAGAAUCUGCCAAGAGUCAAGUGGUUGCUCAUACUACUAAUACUGCUGGGUAUAAUGUGAGGGAAGAAACUGUGAGCAGGGAGAAGCCAGAAGUGAUAUCUUCAAUAAAAACAGUCAACGAAAGAAUAUCUAUGGUGGCAUCAGGCUUGACCUCAAAAGAAUUUAUGCUUGUGCACAAAUUUGCCAGAAAACACCACAUCUCUUUAACAAAUGUAAUUACUGAAGAGACUACUCAUGUCAUCAUGAAAACAGAUGCUGAGUUUGUAUGUGAACGGACACUGAAAUAUUUUCUAGGAAUUGCAGGAGGAAAAUGGGUAGUUAGCUAUUUCUGGGUGACCCAGUCUAUUAAAGAAAGAAAGAUUCUAGAUGAGCGUGAUUUUGAAGUCAGGGGAGAUGUUAUCAAUGGAAGGAACCACCAAGGUCCAAAGCGAGCAAGAGAAUCCCAGGACAAAAAGAUCUUCAGGGGCCUAGAAAUCUGUUGCUAUGGACCUUUUACCAACAUGCCCACAGAUCAACUAGAGUGGAUGGUGCAGCUUUGUGGGGCUUCUGUGGUGAAGGAGCCUUCAUCCUUCACCCUCGGCAAGGGUACUCACCCCAUUGUGGUCAUGCAGCCAGAUGCCUGGAUAGAUGACAGCGGCCUCCACGUGAUUGGGCAGAUGUGUGAGGCAACUGUGGUGACCCGGGAAUGGGUAUUGGACAGCGUAGCCCUCUACCAGUGCCAGGAGCUGGACACCUACCUGAUACCCCAGAUUCCCGACGCUGCUGCUGAUUCCCACCAACUAUGUGCAUAGUGUAUACAGAGCCUG